AGCCUGAAUAUGACCGAUAUAUAUGAUCAGGAUCAGAGACUUGGAGAGAGAUAACUGAUAACAUGAGCAUAAGGAGCUUGGACAUGGACCUUUGCUUCCAAGCUCCAGGCUUCAUUGAAUGGCUCAAACCAUCCCCCUCUCUUCCACCAUCCAUGUCUUCUUCUUCCUCCUCGUCUUUCAAUAGUGCAGCAAAUCAGCAACUUCAUUUCGCAAAUUCCUUGAGCUUCCUGAAGCUGCCUGCUUUUUACCAGAAACAACACCAACAGGAAGACAUUGUUUGCGAAACGAUCCACUGCCUGCCUCUUCUGAGCAGGCUUACUGAGACAAAGCCACUGAAAGAGGAAGAUCAUACUGGAGUACUGGAAAAGGUGAAUUUUGGAGUUGAAGCAGAGAAGUUGGGCCAUCUCACUGUGUCCCUGCAAAUAGGGUUGCCUGACACAGGAGAAAUUGAUGGAACGAAGAAGAAGGAGGAGAAAGAAGAAGAGCCUAAGGAAACUUAUAAGCCCUUCAAGUGCAAGCAAGAAGAGCCUAAGGAAAGACUCUUCCAUGGCAAUAAUUUCAACUCGGAAAGUAGGUUCUGGAUCCCAACUCCAGCACAGAUCCUGAUCGGGCCGAUGCAGUUUGCUUGUUCCAUAUGCAACAAGACCUUCAAUAGGUACAACAACAUGCAGAUGCAUAUGUGGGGACAUGGAUCUGAAUAUAGGAAAGGACCCGAAUCGCUUCGAGGAACACAGCCAGCAGCAAUGCUAAGGCUGCCUUGCUAUUGCUGUGCUCAGGGCUGCAAGAACAACAUCAACCAUCCAAGAGCAAAGCCAUUAAAGGAUUUCAGGACACUUCAAACCCACUACAAGAGAAAGCAUGGGGCAAAGCCCUUUAUGUGCAGGAAAUGUGGGAAAACGUUUGCAGUCAAGGGAGAUUGGAGGACUCAUGAGAAGAACUGUGGGAAGCUGUGGUAUUGCACUUGUGGUUCCGAUUUCAAGCACAAGAGAUCUCUCAAGGAUCACAUUCGAUCCUUCGGUAAGGGCCAUUCUCCACACCCUUCUCUUGAAGGGUUUGAAGAUGAGAAGGAAUGCAUCACUGGGUCUGAAGAUGAAAUGGCUCACUAGUCGCAUGGCUCAUUAUGUUGGGGUAAACGGCCUUGAUACAAGUGGUAUCGGAACGAUCCUAUAACAAGUGGUAUCAUAGUUACCCUGACACUAUAGUUUUCAUUAAGCAUUUCUAAGUAGACAUAGUAAGAGCGAGUCUAUGUGCUUAUCCAAGCUUGUGCUAAGUAACAAAAAAUUCUCGAUCUAGGGAGCGGUUUGCUACAGAGCACUUGCUGAGAGAUUAGCAGUAAUAAUUUACAGUCAGUCUGCAAUAGUAGUGGCUAAUUAAUAUGCUAAUAAGUUACUAGCUUGAAGUGAUGAAGCAGAUGAAUUUUCUUCCUUUUCGGAACUAGACAAAAGCCAUUAUAUUAAUUUGGGUAAUCUAGGCUAACGGUGAAAAUUUAUCCGCUUCAUGGCUAAUUGCUAGUGUUACUGUAAGCGAGUUGUGGUGUUAAUUGAUGUCUCUGUAAAAACCACAUAUAUUUGAUAUAAAUUUGUUGGCUU